AUGAUGCAUCGAUGAGUCAGCCAUGCGUCCUUACUGAGUGAAAGAAAGAGAAAGAGGGAAGAGAGAGAGAGAGAGAGAGAGAGAGAAAGAGAAAGAGAGAGAGAGAGAGAGAGAAUAUGUGAUAAAAAGAGGGAAGUGUAGAAAAAGUGAAUGGUAGGCUACGUGUAGAAAUGAAUGAAAGAAGCAUUCGUGAUCGUGAAUAGUCGGCAAUGCUCGGAAAGCUUCGUAAUACACGUGAUAAUGUCGUCACAGCGAUCGAACGAGAUUUCUACGAACUUUAUGGUGACGCGUGUUACGUGUGCUUCUUAACCUUCUGGUUCUCUUAUUUCUUCAUCAUCUAUCUACCUACUACAAACUUUUCUUUUUCUUUCUAGUCAAAAGCUAUAAUAUCAAAGUAAUUAUUCGGGAGGUGUAUAGUGCGUGGUAUAAAAGCGAGAACGCCCAAGAAAGGUAGGUAGGUGACGCAUGAUGACAAGUGUUUUAUCUCAUUCAAAAGAGAUAACCACGCUGCAUUCAUUAUCGAUUUUUUGGAAACAGUCAUAUCCUUCUUUAUCUUAAUUUAAUUAGAUAUUACAGAUAUCAUGUGAUAAUUAUAUGAUAAUGAGACGUCUUACGUGUUUAAUAUUUGAAUUAUUUAACAGACAUUUGUUUGAUAUACGAUCCGAGCAAUUUUUUAUGGUAGAUCGAAAUCGCAAGAAAGUUUCUUACGAGAUCAGUCAAUUUUCUAACAGCAGAUUUCUUUUUUUAAUUUGAUCUUGCAACGUUGGUACUUCUUUCAACACAAAGUUUAUAGUUUUCAUUCGUAUAUGUAUUUUCUAGGUAGAGGUAAAGAUUAAAAGCUAUACGUCAUAAGUGGGCAACUGACGGCCCACGCCCCUACUUGCCUACUCUGGUAAGGUAGGAGAAAACAAUCGUUUACACUAUUUGAUAUCGGCGCGCCUCAUGAGCUGCAUGGCUUUUAUUUUUAAGCUUGAAACGAGGGCUUGUAAACUUAAAUAGCGGGGGAACUGUUUGGAUUCGCUUGGCGAAGUUUCUCUAUCUAUUGUACAUGUUAUUUUAAUUAUUCCUUUUUGAUCUUUUCUUUUAGUGAAAGAUCACAUUGAUGAUAUAUUUGUAUUCUAAAAAAACUCAUAUGUUAUCGAUAAAAUAAAUUUUUUCUGAUAAUCAUUUGUCACGAUUCGCAGAAUCGGAUAAAAAUCAAAUCGUACAAUACUGCAAUAAAAAAUAAAUGACGAAUGUGAAAUGAAAGUCAAUCAUUCUUUUUGUAAUAAAAUUCGCCAAUUCAAUGAAAAUCUUCGCAAAUUUUAUUAUCUUAUUUACAGCUACCACGAUGUUUGCAGUUGAUAAUAAUAACCAGAAAGCUGAUCGAUACAAGCCGGAGAAAAUUAAUUAUCGUCUGCCGGAUGUUGUACGACCGACACAUUACAAUAUCAAAUUGACAUCAAGCUUUUCAAUCAUCGACGGUGAAAUAUGCAUUGAUCUCGAAGUUCGGAAAUCAACGUUCGACAUAACAUUGCAUUGUAAACAAAUCGUCAUAGACGAAACUAUGACGAUGUUGACGAAUUCUCAAAAUGAACGUUUAUUUCCGAUAGAGCAAAAUUACAUCUAUGAGAAAGAAUUUUUCGUAGUUCGUUUUACAAAUGCUUUACAGCCAGAUUGUUACAAGCUUCACUUCAAGUUUACCGGCUUUAUCCACGAUGAUACACACGGUUUUAAUAGGAGAUUUUGUACAGAUGAAAGACAAGGUAGCUGCACGAGGUACGCCGUGACGAAUUUUAAAACGACAUUUGCACGUUACAUUUUUCCCUGUUUCGAUGAACCCGAUAUGAAAGCAACGUUUUCAAUUUCCAUAAAGCAUCAAGCAUUAUACAUAGUUCUUUCGAAUAUGCCGAUCGAAAAACAAUCGUUGAUCGACGAAAAGGGAAACGUAUGGACACAUUUUCAAAAAACGCCGAUUAUGUCCACGUACUUGUUAGGCAUCGUUUUAUUACCACACGAUAGUAUACGGAUUUCUAAUCAUGAUGGUACCGUCAACGUUUGGUGUAGAAAAAAUUGGUCUAAAGUCGCCAAAUUGAUUCAUGAAGUAACGGAAAAGAUAAAAAUUCAGCUUGAAAAUUAUACCGGUAUCAUUAAACCAAUACCAAAGAUAGAUCAUGUAUUGAUUUCUAAUCAUUCAAGUAAAUCUUCAGAAAAUUGGGGUCUCAUCGUUUACAACGAAGACGAUAUAAUGUAUGUGGAGGAUCCUUCGGAUACGUAUAAUGUAGAUACCGUAACUAGACUUGUAACACACGAUUUAGUUCAUCAAUGGUUUGGAAAUCUAGUCGGUCCUUCCUGGUGGGAUCAUUUAUGGUUAAAUGAAGCUUUUGCUCACUAUUUUCAGUAUUACUUUGUUGAUAAGAUAUACCAAGAAUCGAGAGUGUUAGAGAUAUUUGUAGUGGCUGUUCAACAGGCAUGUGCACUUUUCGGAGAUUUUUAUUCAUUUGUACAACAUAAAAGAUCAUUCAAAGGUAUUUACCAAGAGCCUUAUUUAGGCGUUCAUGCUAUUGCCUGUCGUAAAGGAUCGUGUAUUUUACGUAUGCUCUCUCAUUGUAUUUCCGAGGAAAUAUUUCACAAAGGAAUCGUAACGUAUCUCAAUACAUUCCAGUAUGACACAUCUACACCUGAUCGACUGUGGAAAAUAUUCGAGGAAACGAUGAAUCCUGAAAAAAUUGAUAUCAAAGAAAUGAUGGAUACAUGGGUAAAACAAAAAGGAUACCCUCUCGUAACGGCAAAACGAGAUUGUAAUACCGGUAUCAUAAUUGUAACGCAAGAAAGUUUUAAACAAUUUAAUAGCGAUGACGAAGAAGAUAAUGAAAUUGAUGAUAACAAUGAUGAUAAUAAUGAUGACGCAAAAUGGUGGAUACCCAUCAAUUAUAUAAGCAGAAGCGAAGCAAAUUAUUCUUCAACUUUACCAAUGCAUUGGUUGAAGCCACAAGACGAGAAUUUGACGAUCAAUAACGUCAAUGCGAACGAUUGGUUCAUUCUUAAUGUGCAACAAACUGGCUAUUAUCGAGUCAAUUACGAUGAGGAUAAUUGGAAAAAAAUCGCUGAGUAUUUGGAUUCGGAAAAUUAUUUAAAGAUUCAUCCUUUGAAUCGCGCACAGAUUAUCGAUGACUCAUGUUAUAUGGUUCGAACAAAACGUUUAAAACCAACCAUUUUCUUGGAAAUUAUAAAAUAUUUGUCGCGUGAAACGGAUUAUAUACCAUGGUAUUCGGCAUUUAGAGCUUUUCGAACGUUUCAAGAUUAUUUCACAUUUCCGGACAGUGCUGUCUUCCUGAAGCCUUACGCUCUAAAAUUGAUCGAUGGUCUUUUACAAAACGUGGGUUACGACGAACAUCCGGACGAUGAUCACUUAACGAAAUUGAAAAGAGUCGAAGUUCUUGAAUUGGCUAGCGAUCUUGGACAUUUGGAAUGUAGGAAGGUUGCGAAUGCCAAAUUGAUCGCAUAUAUAGAGGAUCCUGAUUAUAAUCCUAUACCUUCUAAUUUAAAUACAUGGGUAUUUACUACUGGGAUGAGAGAAGCUGACGAAGUACUAUUUAAUAAAUUUCUCAAGAGGUAUAAGAGUAAUCCAAGCUUUCGAACGUUACGCUACUUAAGUGGUAUCGAAGAUCCCGUGUUAGUCGAGAAAUUACUAAAAUUAACGUUAACCGAUGAUUCGCCGAUUUUGAAGGAUGAUCGAGUAGAGGUUUAUCGUUCUCUCAUGUACACCAGUAUUAACAACGUAAACAUUACUAUAGAUUUUAUUGCAGAUAAUUGGGAAAAAAUAAGUGCGAGAAUUGAAGAUGUAGAUGAGAUACUUGAUGAUGUCGUGGGUGAAAUUACUUCCUGGGAUCAAUUUCAUAAGGUAAAAUUGUUUAUAAAAGCGAACGAACUGAAUGGAAAGCGAAGUAUAGAUGAUGUGGAAAUGGUUUUGAAAAAAGCAGAGAAACAUGUAUCUGAAAUUUUUAGGUGGAUGAAAAUGCAAAAUUCGUUACAAAAUAUUGAUGAAAAAUUAGAAAAUUUGCAUUUUACGGAUGUGCAAAAUAAAUGAAAUUAUAAAAGUUUCAAUUAUAUUACACAGUUUAUGUUAUAAGUAAAACUUUCCUACUUUGUCGUUAUCUUUAAUUUUUUAAACGAUAAACGUUUUUCAUUGUUAUUAACUAGAUACACAGAGAACGUGAAAAAAUGUUGAAAGUAUCUGAAAUGCCUCGGUAACGAAAGUAGAUAAUAUUAACAGAAGGGAAUUUUCGAUAAGAUAUAAUGCAAAACUUAAAAUAUAAAAAUACAAAACAUAUCGUUUCUAAAAAAAAUCGCAUAAUUGUAUCUGAUUUAUAUGUUAAAUGCGUGACAACAUAAAUCAGAUUAUUUACAAAAAUAUUGUAUAAUGUCGAUGAAAUUUAUGACAUGCAAAUUGUUGCGUCGUGAUUUUUGCGAAUGAUAAUUAAUCAAUUGAUUAAUAUUUUUUCUUUAAAAGGACAAUGCACAAUUUUAUACGGAACAAAAUUUUGCACAAAAAUUAUACGCAAGAUUUGUAACAAUGAAUUAUCUCAAGAGAUAUUUUGUGCAAAGUAUUUAUUAACACAAGAGAAUCAUUUUAGAUUAUCUCGCAAAUAUAAGAAGUCGUUCAAUAGAAACGGAAGUUAAAUGCCUUGGAAAAGUCGAUCAUAUUUGAUAGCUGAACGUCCUAGAUAGAUUGGAAGAAAUUUUAUUUGAUUUACCUGAGAAAAAAUUGAAUUUGUUAUACGAACAAAUGUUUGUGGUCAUUCUUCGCUCUAAAUAAAGAAUAAUAAAAAAAUGUA